AUGCUGAUGCUGCGCUGGACUCGUGACUGUUUUCCUGUGACGUGGCAACGACUUGUGGACGUUCUGUACGGACAGUAUUUAGGACAGCGUGCAGCACAGCGGUUGGAUGAGCAACUAAUGAGCAGCAGAUAUGGCUUUUCUAUCGACCAGUUGAUGGAGUUGGCCGGACUGAGUGUCGCUGCAGCCAUUGGGCAGCAGUUUCCGGUUGAUACGACCUCAUCGAGAACAGACGAAGCAGUCAAGAGAGUGCUGGUCGUCGUGGGAGCAGGAAACAACGGAGGCGACGCGUUGGUUGCAGCUCGUCACUUGGUGCAUUUCGGCUACUCGCCGAGCAUUUUGUACCCCAAGCGCAAUGCAAAGCCCCUUUUUCAGGGAUUGGUGACUCAGUGCGAGCAGCUGGAGAUUCCGUUCGUUGACGAUAUGCCGAACUCCUCGGCUGUGGAUGCAGCGUACGACUUGAUUUUGGAUGGAAUCUUUGGCUUCGGAUUUACUGGAAGCAUCCGUUCCCCGUUUGACCGCGUCGUCGAGACGCUUCGAGAGUGCCGAUCACCGAUCGUCUCGAUUGAUAUUCCAUCCGGAUGGCAUGUCGAGAAUGGAAACGAAGACGGAGUUGGCCUGGAGCCACAGAUGCUGAUAUCCCUGACAGCACCGAAGACCUGCGCUAAGUACUUCACGGGGCCUGGCAAAACACACUACGUUGGCGGACGGUUCGUGCCAAAGUCAUUGGCGAAAGAGUUCAAUUUGGAGCUGCCAAAUUACCCCGGUGUGGAACAGUGCGUGAAAGUACCGAUACCGUAUUGA